UUGAAAAAAGUUCGCGGGGAUUUUUACAGGUUCUUCUAGUCUCCGAAGAAAAUUAAGAAUUUAGAUUGCUAUGAAUGCGCUCAAGUAUCUUUUGAGAGCACAGAGCUACAAGCUGCCUUUUGUAUACCACAGAAAGUUGUCUAUGGAGGCCACAAAUGGCUUCAAAUCGAUUCUGUACUCCAAAGUCGGACGUGUGGCGCACAUAGCCUUGAACCGCCCGACUAGAUUGAACGCGAUCAACAUGGACGUGCCACGGGAACUACAACAAGCUGUCAGCGCAGCGAAUGCAGACGAUGAUGUCCGGGUCAUACUGCUGUAUGGGAAGGGGAAGGCAUUCUGCUCUGGGUACGACCUGAAGCUAUUUGCAGAGGGAGAGCGCGGGUCGAUGCCCAGCAGCCAGACCAUGCCGUGGUGUCCUUAUAAGGACUACAGCCUAAUCAACCCCUGCACCGAGGCAUUCAUGUCCUUGUGGAGGAGUCUGAAGCCGGUGGUUUGUAAGGUUCAUGGUUAUGCUGUGGCAGGUGGGAGUGACCUAGCCUUGUGUGCAGACAUUAUCUACAUGGCAGACGACGCCCUGAUUGGGUAUCCACCAGCCAGACUCUGGGGUUGUCCUACCACAGCCAUGUGGGUUUACAGGAUUGGUGCAGAAAAGGCCAAGCGGAUGCUGUUGACAGGAGACCUGAUUGACGGACAGGAGGCGGCCAGGAUAGGACUGGUCUGUAAGUCUGUGCCUGCAGCAGACCUGGACUCAGAGACGGACAGACUUGUAAACAGGAUUGCAUCAGUCCCAACCAAUCAACUCUUUUUUCAGAAACAGGUCAUCAACCAGGCUGUGGAACAGAUGGGGCUUUCAUCCACACAGAGACUUGCCACCAUCUUUGACGGCAUGACGAGACACAGUCCUGAGGGCGUGGCCUUCCAGAAACGCUGCCAGGAUGUCGGCUUUAAAGACGCCGUUCUGGAGAGGGACGAGGGGGACUGGGGGGCCAAAGGUCCCAGCUCCAAACUAUAGAUCAGAAAUAUUCACAGGAGAAAGUCAAGUUUAAUGAAUCUAAUUCUAACUGGCUUUCCUUAGAAACAUAGCAAAGCAAAGCAAUCAUAA